UGAAUAAUUGUUAUUGUUCUAUAAUUUUUUUAUCAAUUUUUUUAAGCAACAAAAUAAACGUCGAAAAAAAUAUCUUCGGCGUGAAACAUUGAGGGAAAUUGGACAUUUUCUAAACGUUUGUUAGAUUACAAGUAUAGUGAAACUAACCUGAAAGAUGGACAAGGCAAAGCAAACUUGGGAAGAAAUGGGUAUCUUAGACCCCAAGGAACGACUUAAAAACCUCUUCGAACGAGCUUCUAAGGUGGAGGUCGAUCCAAAUACUCCGCCUAGAAGAUAUUACCGUAGUGGAGUGGAAAUGGUCAGAUUUGCAAAUAUGAACAUACAGGAAGGCAACUAUGAAAACGCAUACACAUUAUAUGUAAAGUUUAUAACACUUUUUGUGGAUAAGAUAAGAAAUCAUCCACAAUAUAAUAGUGUAUCAGCUAAGGACAAGGAGAUGAAUAAGCAAGAUUUACGAACUAUCAUUCCUAAAGCAGAAGAACUAAAAAAACAAUUACUUAAUCAGUAUCAAGCAGAGCUAGACAAGUAUUUGAAAGAUUUAAAGGAUAGAGAAAAAAUUGAAAGAGAACGUUUAAGACAAGAAGAACUUCAAAGGCAAAAAGAGGAGGAAGAAAGAAGAAAUAAAAUGGAUGCUUUGGCUGCUGUUAGAGCAGCAAAGGCUGCUAUUAGUGCAAAUGUGGUAGUACCGGAGGAGGUAAAGAGUAAGCAGUUGCCCUCCAUCAUACCUAAGACUGUGAUAAGUCCUUCAAACGAUGACAAAACGUCUAAGCCCUCCAAAGACAUGAAAACGCCAGUAGUGGACCGUUCGACGAAACCCUCUUUAUUGACGAGCGACGGAUUAUCGUUGCGUGAUGUCAUUCUACCAAGUAAAUUAAUGCACGACUUCCUGAAGCUCGCCUUCAGCAAUACGAUGAGUAAUAAAGAGACGUGUGGCAUUUUGGCUGGUAAAUUGGAACGAAACAAAUUGCUAGUGACGCAUCUAUUAAUUCCGGAACAAACUGGCACUCCGGACUCUUGCACUACACAUAAUGAAGAAGAUAUCUUUGAUUAUCAAGAUCAGCACAAUCUUAUCACCCUCGGCUGGAUUCACACGCAUCCUACACAGACUGCAUUCUUAUCGAGCGUGGAUCUCCACACGCACUGCGCUUAUCAACUUAUGAUGGCUGAAGCGAUAGCAAUAGUUUGCGCACCCAAGUAUGACGAAACGGGAUUCUUUAUUCUAACGCCAGAUUAUGGCUUAGAUUAUGUUACAAACUGUAGAAAAACCGGAUUUCAUCCACAUCCCACCGAACCACCGUUAUAUACAAAAGCAAAACACUGCAAACUGGAUGUAACGACCGUCAUUAACGUUGUGGACUUGCGAAGAAAAUGAUACAUCUCGGACGCGGGAUAAUUAUAUUUUAUUAAAAAAUAUUUUUAUAAUAAUUAUAUCCUAAAAUUGCAAUCCACAAUAAAAAUCGGCGAGCCUUGUUACAUGGUUAGGAUAUAUAUGAUACACAAAAUCCGCAAAUAAUUUAAUUACACCGAGAAUAUUACGUAUUGUAUUAAUAAUAUUAAACAAACGCAUGGCAUUUAAAAUUUGCAGAGAAAAUAUAUGCGAUAUAUUAAUUAUUUCUGUGGAUAGAAGACAGAGAACAACUAAAAAAGAGAAAGAUUAUUGCGAAUUUCUGUAGAUAGAAAACAAAUUAAUUUAAAAAGGAGCUAUUGCAAAUUAUAAUUAAUAGAGAGCAGAUUGCUAUCAUUAAUUAGAUAAUUAUCCAUUUUCGAAGGAAGAAAUCAUGUUUAUACAAUUAGUAAUAGUAGUAGAAAUAUAAAUAAUAUUUCUUUUUUCGAAUUAUGUAUAUUUAUAUUAUUUAUAUUAUUAUGUAAGCGCAAAAUCAAAUUAUUUGUACAAGUAAUGCACACUUUGUUAUCUUAAUGUUUUCUUUUGUUGUGAUAAUAAUAUGAACAUUGUUACCUUAAUAUUUUAUUUCUUGAUUUUUACAAUGACACAUGCUUUUCUUAUAUUCAUCUUUCACUUACAAAGUAUAUUGUUUAAAAAAUAUAAAAUAUUUUUAUAUAUUUUUUUACAAAUUUUUACAUUAUGGACAUUCAAUAACCAAAGCGUAAGUGUUCUAUUGCUUCUAUAAUUGGCAAAGUAUCAAUCUUUUUCGUUUAAUAAAUUGUUAAUUUCAAUAUUAAGAAAAUGUUUACUUGUUAAUGGGUUAAUUUUUUACUUAUUAGAUACACGUUUUGAUUUAAACAAAUUUCGAGUUAAAAAUAUCUAUAAAUCUUAUUUUUCUGUAUAAAAAUCACAUAAAAUUCACGGUGCCUUUUUGAGAGAAACAAUGGUGUUCAUAAUGUUACACUCUAAUUACAUCGACAUGACGUUGGACAACAAUUAAUCAUUUAAUAUGCAAACUUAGUGAUAAUUAUUAUAUAAUUUAUUAAGACACAUCAAAAGCUUUAUUAAAAGUAAGAGUUUUACUGUGCGAUACUAUGUAGCAUGCAUAGAAAAGCUAUAAAAUAUUAGGAAUAGAUUAAUAUGUACUACAUAGUACUACAUAUACUAUAUAUGUAUUACACGUUGUAUUUUCUAUAUAUAGAACCAUAUGAGGUGUCUACGCAAAGAUAAGGGGAUCAAUAAUGAGGAUUACGCUCAUUAAUGACUUAUUAACGUAGUGGAGUUUCUCGAGACACCGUAUAUUUAUGUACGAUGCCAGUCACUACUUAAAUUAUAGUUAAAAUUACAAUUAUAAAUAAAUUAGUGAAUUAUCAAUUA